AUGACGGGGUGGGUGAGGGGGCCGGUGGUGGGGAGGGGAAGCUUCGGCACCGUGCACCUGGCCAGGUGCCCGCCGGCGGAGUCCACCUGCGUGGAAGCCUUGCCGCCGGUUAUGGCCGUGAAAUCAUGCCCGCUGGCGGAAUCCGCCUCCCUCCGCCGCGAGAAGGUGGCUCUCGACUGCCUCGCCGGCUGCCCGGAGAUCCUCACCUGCUACGGCGCCGCCGUCACCGUCGAGCCCGACGGCCGCCGUCUCUACAACAUCCUCCUCGAGUACCUCCCCGGCGGCUCUCUCGCCGACCUCCUCCUCCACCGCCGCCGGCGGCCCCUCCCGGAGGCAGCGCUGCGGAGCUUCUCCGCCUCCCUCCUCCGCGGCCUCCGUCGGAUUCACCAGGCCGGCCUCGUCCACUGCGACAUCAAGCCGCAGAACCUCCUCGUCACUGGCGAUGGGCGGGCCAAGAUCGCCGACUUCGGUCUGUCGAAGCCGGCCGCCGGCGGCAGCGCCGCCGAGAGCAGCCAGUUCAGAGGGACGCCGCUGUACAUGGCCCCGGAGUCGGUGCAGAGGGGGGAGUACGAGCCGCCGGCGGACAUCUGGGCCUUGGGCUGCGUGGUGGCGGAGAUGGCCUCCGGCGAACCGGCAUGGCGGCACGGGAAGGGCUGCGCCGACGCCGCCUCUCUGAUGUUCCUCAUCGGCUCCGGUGAGUCCUCACCGGAGAUCCCGGAGGUGCUGUCGGAGCAAGGGAGGGACUUCCUGAGGAAGUGCUUCGUCAGGAGCCCCGGGGAGAGGUGGACGGCGGAGAUGCUUCUCUGCCACUCCUUCGUGGAAUCCUCCGGCGAGGAACAAGUGCCGGUCUUCGGCGACGUAGACGACGACGAAGUGGUGGUGACCGGAAAGUGGGGCUCCCCGUGGGCUUCUCCGAGGAGCGUCUUCGGCUUCCCAACGUGGGCCUCCGCCGGGACGCCGCUGCAACGGUCGCAGGGCGGCCCGUCUUCUCCAGCGCCGGCGAGUCGCCUGCGGUGCCUCACGGCGGGCUCUUGCUGGCCCAGCUGGGAUUCAUUCUCCGAGGACUCCCAUUGGGUGACGGUGAGGGAGGGGACCAGCGGAGAGGACGAAAUUGAGGAGUCCCCGGCUUCCAGCGGCACCGCCAGCUCCGGCGGCGGCGGCCCCCCUGAACUCGCCUCGCCGCCGUUGCUAGCGAGUUCACAGAGACAACUCCGGCCACCGGGUGAGAGAAAGGGGUACGGGGAGGAAAGCAGAUCGCAUGGGACCUGA